AUGGGACACGAAAAAUUUUAUAAUGUCUUUGAGGAAAGCAAGGAGUGCACGAAAACAAAUAUUGAGAUAGCUAUUGAAAAAGUUAAACAAAUUACUGCAAAGGGUGGCACUCACAUUUAUGCUAUUUUAGAGUCAACAUCAGUUCUUCUGUUCUCAGAUUUUGAGACGUCGUCGUCGACUGCAGACAAAAUUGUUAAACUUAUAAAAGAUAAUCAAAAAAAACAUGAUAAUCAAAAAGAAACACAUGAUUUAAGAAUAUUUUCAAUGGUAAUGAGUAAUAUUGUUUCAAAUCAUUUAGCUGAAUCCAUUGCUCGAGUUGGUAAGAGAUAUACACAAUACGUGUCCGACUUAGAACAAAUAAACAGAAAAGCUUUGGCCAUGCUUAAGAAUUCAUUAAAUCCGCCUACUUUAGAUUAUGAAAUUACAUGUACCCUUGAGUCUAAUGAAGAAUCUCAGAAUAAUGACCUUAAAGUUAAACAAGUUCCGUUGGAAAUUCCAGAACUUUAUAUUGGCGUACAUGUUAAACCGUGUGCCAAAAUCAAAUUAAAUUCAAAUUCUCAAGAGCCUUUAAUUGUUCAAGAUCCUUUAUACGGAUCAAAAUUUCACCCACUUGCGGCCAGAAAACUUAUUCAAGAAAUUGAAGAUGGAAAUUAUUAUCUAACCAUGCAAAUGAUAAAGA